GCGCAUUGCGGUUUGUCUGUCGCUUUAGUUUAACCCAACGCGUGAAUACGCACACUACUCGUAUUUAGUAUAAUUUGCUCGAAAAUCAAUGGAUAUUAUACAAUAAAUACAUGCUGAGCUGAAUUCCAGAAUUUGUUACAAUCAAAAUGUUGCAUUCGUACUUGAAAUUAAACAAACUGAACUAAAAGCAAGUGUUAGACGUGCAAUGGCAACAGCCGCAACGGUGGCGGCUACGGCAACGUCAACGACAGCUGGACCUUCAAAUGACGCCAUGGCAGUGGCCGCCGUUGCUGGUGGCAAUCACUUUGAGGAGGACAUUGAGCACUUACGCAAACUAUUUCAAGCGAGGAAUUUGUUGAAUUUCAAUAUUGCUGAAAUAGCUUGCAGUGCGGGCAGCAGCAGUGGUGACAACUACAUGUCCUUGGUGAAGCGUGUGACGAUCUAUGAGACCAAGCGCAGCGAAAGGGCCAACAGCUGUUCAGUCAUCAUAAAACGGCAAAUUGCUAGUCUCUCACGUCGUCAAUUGUACCGUUGUGAAGAAGCGUUCUCGAACGAAAUCAACGCCUAUCGCCAUGUGGUGCCGCUGCUCUGUCGCUACGCCAAGGAGCCACUGUUUCCACUUUGCCACCUGGCAGAUGCACAUGAUGAUAGUGCGCAUGGUGAGCCUAUUAUAGUGCUGCAGGAUCUCAAAGCGCUGGGUUAUCGCAUGCAAAAUCGCUUGGCUGGCCUGGAGCUGCGUCACUGUUUGCUGGUAAUGAAGAAACUAGCGCAGCUGCAUGCCGCUUCGCUUGCAGCACAGCACUUGGAGUCAUCGCACUUUGCUGUGCAAUGCGCGCAAUUGUCCGAGAUAGUCUACUGUCCGGCUGCAGCGGAUUUCUAUUCAAGCAUCUUGGACACCUCCAUGCAGCAAGCGCUGGACAGUCUCAAUGCUUCCAAUGCUGAUGGCAAUCUAUCGGUGCCUAUUCGACUCAUGGAGCAAUUGCAGCCCACAUUGUUUGGCAAUCUGCAGCAGAGUAUUAAUGCAGCGGCAGACACGCCCUUUAGCGUUGUUUGCCAUGGCGAUUUGUGGCUAAACAAUCUGAUGUUUCGCUCACAGCCGGAGGAGGUCAUAUUCUUUGACCUGCAGGCCAUGCGCAGAACCUCACCCGUCUUCGAUAUACUUCACUUUAUCUACACAAGCACGCGACGCCAGCUACGGGAUGUGCACACAGACACCUUGCUGGCGACAUAUGCAGAGGCGUUGCGCAAGGAGCUCGCCCAGCAGCUGCGGCAUACGACGGCAGCGGCGCAGCUCAGCGAAUUGUGCGAGACAUUCUCGCUGCAGCGACUCAGCGAAGAGUAUGUGCGUCAUGUGCACUAUGGUCUGGCCAUUUCAAUGUGGAUACUGCCGGCUGUUACCUUCGACCCACUAAAUCUGCCCAAUCUGGAUGAGAUCAGCGAGGACAACCUUCAAGGCAAAGAGAUUAACUGCACGCAAAAAUUGACGCCGGAGUAUCAUCUACGCAUACGUGAGUUGGCGCUGGAGUUCUAUGAGCACGGCUAUCUGGAUGCCUGAAGGAUUCACUAAUUUAACUGUAUUUG